UCUGACGAGGUCGCUCUGGACUUCCAGGAAUCCUUGCAAGAUCUCCAGAACAACAACAGAUAUGAGAUUAGCAACUUGACCAUCAUCGCCAAGGAGAACACGGAACAUGCCCAAGCUAUAGCUAUGGUUUUGGAGAAGCACAUCAAAACGACUGCCCCUGGACGAAAGUUGCCUGCACUCUAUGUACUCGACUCGAUUGUGAAGAACGUUGGCACCCCAUACACAGUUUACCUUGGAAGGAAUCUGUUUUCUACCUUCAUGGACUCGUACACUCUUGUAGAUAGUCAGACAAGAAAAAGCAUGGAAGCCAUGUUGAAGACCUGGAAGGAACCGGUGCCUGGCUCCAUGGACCCAAGACCAGUUUUUCCUGCAGAAGUCACUCGCACCAUUGAGAAUGCACUCAUCAAGGCAAGAACUGCCGCGGUGCAAUUGCAAACCAGAAAUCGCACUCCUCUCGGUAUCCCAGGAAGGCCCAUGUCGACGACUUACAGAAACACUCCUACCCCACCACACAACGCCAGUCAAUUCCAACCGCCUCCACAAGAUCCGUACCAGAACGGAUUCCGCAGCCAACAGGUAUACAUCGACACUUUUCUAAAGGCAGAUAUCCAUGGUUUGAUUGCAGGUUUCCAGACCGAGUUUGCGCGCAAUCCAUACGAUUCGCAGGUGCAGACUAAGCUCAAGGCUCUGCUCGACCUCCAAGCCGUUGUGCAGACCCAACAGCUGAAUUCCGAUGCCAUUGGCAUGAUCAAGAAGCAGGUGGCACAGUUGCAAGCAGUGCAGUCACAGCCUAAUCCUCCUCCUUCUGCCGCACCUCAACAAUCACAAUGGCAAGCUCCCACUCCUCCACCCGCCGCUCCUCCUGCAUUUGCACCCGGUAUUCUUGAGCAACUGCUGGCGUCGACUGCGAACGGGCAGAAACCAAGCACACCUGUAGUUCAGGCUGCAUUGAAGUCGAUGCCCCCGCCACCACCUACAACUCAGUCACCUCGUACAGCCGCCGCAACCCCGGCUGCACCUAUCGGCAAUCCUCUUCUCGAUGCUCUCCGUGCUGCAAACAUCCUUCCUGCAUCAUCCAGUGCCACUCCCGUGCCUGCGUCAGGUCCUCCUGUCCCUCCACCUACAGCCCCUGCCCCUGCGCUAUCUAUCCUACAACAACUUCAAGGCCUUGCACCAAAGUUGAGCAGUACACCCAUGCCGCCUCCAGGCACUCCUGCCAAAGUCCGCAUUCCUAUGAACGCUGCAGCACUAAAAAGCUUCCGUCCAGAGGUUGUCCACACUCUCUACGAUGCGCAACCCAACCAAUGCACGACCUGCGGUCGUCGCUUCUUGUCCACCGAUGAAGGUCGUGCUCAGAAGGCUCGCCAUCUCGACUGGCACUUCCGCAGCAACCAGCGUAUUGCCGACGCAGCUCUUGCUGCUGGUCUUACUCGCAGCUGGUAUAUUGAUGAGAUGGAAUGGAUCCGUUUGCGAGAGGUAGAUGCCUCGUCAGCCGCUGUCGACUCGAGCUCCGUUACGGCUUCUACUACCAAGCCUGUAAGCGUGCGUGAGAAGUACAUCCCUGCACCAACUGGCGCUGCAGCAAAUGUCGCUUGCCCUAUUUGUCAGGAGAAAUUCGAGACUGAGUGGCAUGAAGAUGCACAGGAAUGGGUAUGGAUGGACGCCGUUAAGGUGGGAGGUCGUGUGUUCCAUGCUUCAUGUCAUGAUGAGGUCAAGAGAGCCAGCGGAGGUGAUAGAGCUCGAAGCACUACUCCAGAUGGUGCUGGUGUGCUUGGAAAGCGGAAGGCUGAGGUCGAUCUGGCCAGUCUCAAGUCCAAACUGAAAAGAGAA